AUUGUUUUGCCCAUAGUGCCAGUGGUAACACUUUGCAACCCAACGCAAAAAUGAUUGGUGCAAUUGGAGGCGACUCUGAAGUCAAAAACAGAGAAUUAAUGUACAGACUGAUGAUCAGUCAGUUAUUUUAUGAUGGACAUCAGCAGUUAGCAGUUCAACUCUCCAACCUUGUCAAAGCACACCCUGCCUGUCCACCCUCAGACAGAUUGUUCAAAGUUGUCAAAUUAGGAUUAGAUUCUGAAGAAGAACUUUCUGGAAAUAAGAGAAUAGGAGAACAAAAUAUUGCUCCUGGUUCAGGAAUUGACUUGGAGUAUGAAACAGAUGUGCAGUCCAUCUCACCAGAGGGAGCUCUGUAUGAGACCUGUUAUGUCACAGCACACAAAGGACCUUGUCGAGCAGGGGCCUUCCACUCCUCAGGAAAACUCAUAGCCACAGGGUCAGAAGAUGCCUCCAUCAAGAUCUUAGAUGUUGACAGAAUGUUGGCCAAGAGUGCAACUCCAGCAGAAAUAAUUGCCAUGGAAACACCACAACAAGCCAUGGAGAACCACCCAGUCAUCAGAACUCUUUAUGACCAUGUAGAUGAAGUCACAUGUUUAGAUUUUCACCCCACACAUUCAAUUUUGGCCUCUGGCAGCACAGACUUCAGCGUUAGAUUCUUUGAGUAUUCCAAACCCUCCGUUAAGAAAGCUUACAAAAGUAUACAGGAAGCAGCAGCCAUUAGAUCUCUGUCAUUUCAUCCGUCAGGGGACUACAUCCUGGUGGGAGCAGACCAUCCUACAGUUAGGUUGUAUGAUGUGAACACCUUCCAGUGCUUUGUUGGCAGAAACCCCAACACUCAUCACACAUUGCCUAUCACCACAGUUAAAUGGAGUCCCAAUGCCAAUUUGUAUGCCACAGGUUCAUUAGACGGAGACAUAAAAGUUUGGGAUGGAGUCAGUAAUUUGGUGAUCAGCACAUUUAAAAAAGCUCAUGAUGGAGAAGAAGUGUGUUCCGUCACCUUCUCCAGGAACUCAAAGUAUAUUUUGUCAGCUGGGAAGGACUCGCUGGUCAAACUAUGGGAGUUGUCCACCAACAGGUGCUUGAUUGUGUACACUGGGGCAGGGAUGACAGGGAAGAUGGAGCACGGGGCGCAGGCCGUGUUCAACCACACCGAGGACUACAUUUUCUUCCCUGACGAGAAUACUACUUCUUUGUGUUGUUGGGACUCGAGAAAUGCAGAACGACAGAGACUUCUAGCCUUAGGUCAUAAUGGAGCUGUGAGGUACAUUGGACACUCCCCCACUGGUCCUGCCUUCAUCACUUGUAGUGAGGAUUUCCGAGCCAGGUUCUGGUACAGGAAGGCCGACACUGAUUGACAGUCAUUCAUUCUCUUGUUUUCAUUUUUUACAUUGUUCAUUAAAUCUCCAACUUGUA